UCUUAACUUGCACUUGGUGAAGUUUGGAGAAUGACCAAGGAUCGAAACCUGGCAGCGACCGUUGUGGGGCGACCACCUCUGAAAAAUGGGGGAGUCUCUGGUGCGCACUAGGAUAUAAUCUAGCUAAGUGUUGUUGUUUGGGUCACCGUGAUUUACCUCCUCUCAUAUUCCCGUCAGGUCGGAGGUGAGGGGCGCCCGGGACGAGCGAUUUCAUCUUUUGGAGAAUGAAUUGAAAUAAAAUAUAUUUUGAAUUUGUGGUACAUUUUUUUAUUUGAGUUUGUGACUAUUGUCAGCACCCUUCAUUCUCUACUUCCAGUCUUCCACAAUGUCUCCCGAAAUUUGCACGCCCGGCACCGGCGUCGCAGCCGCCGGGAAGUGCCAAGAAGCAGGGCGAAGGAAAUGCACGAAAUGCGACAGGCCAGCAAGCGUAUGCUUAUGCGCUGCAAUCCCACCCGAACCGAUUCCGAUCUAUACCCGAGUUGUGGUCCUCCAGCACCCUCACGAGCGCCGCCACAAGCUCGCAACCGUUCCCGUCCUGUCGAAGUGCAUCGGGAAUUGCGAGGUCAUCGUCGGACGGCGACUGAGAUAUGGCGAUUCGAAGGUCCUCGAUGAUCUUCAUGACGACGCAGUUGCAAACCCUAAUCGGCCCAGCAGAGCUGUUUUUCUCUUUCCUGGCACAGAAACAUCAAAAUCAGUGGAGAUUGACAAGUGGAAAUCAUCAACAAAAGAUUUUGAUAAAACCAACUAUGUCUUGAUCGCCCUUGAUGGAACUUGGAAGCACGCCAAGGAGAUGAUGCAUGGUAGUUUAGAGUUCUUGUCAAAGUUUGCAGUCCAGGUUUAUUUAAGUUACAAUACUAGCAUCAAUGGCGGGACAAUUUUCGAUUCUGAUUUAAUUCUCAGAAAGGAACCGUUUAGUGGGUGUGUGAGUACAUUGGAGGCUGUAGCUCGGUGUUUACGGGUUAUUGACCCUGAUGGAGAUGAGGUUGAAGCAAAACUUCUUGAGGCUCUAAGGGCUAUGGUUAGAUUUCAGACUACGUAUUUGAGGCCUAUGAAUCAACGACCUAAAUUGGCCAAAAAAACAUAAGAUACUGUAAAAGAAAUUUGUGCAAUUAUUAGCUAAUAGUCAUUCCUUUAAAUCUAAAAUUUGUUGACAGUAGUUUGAUUAAUGUUCUAAUUAUAGACUGAACAAAUGUACAUUAUGUGUAUCAACUGAAAGAAAUUGUUCUUCCAGUG